UUAUUUUCAUUGCUACACAUUGGCUUACGGUCGAAGUCAACCAUUUAUUGUACUUCCAUUAAACUCAAUAAGAUAUUCAUCGACUUUUAUUUGUUAACUUAACAAUAAAUUAAAUAAAAUGUCGUUCGAUACAAUUCCAAAAGAUUUGCGAGGUCUUCGUGCGUGUUUGGUGUGCUCAUUGGUCAAGUCAUUCGACCAAUUUGAAAUGGAUGGUUGCGAUAAUUGCGAAGAAUUUUUGCGCAUGAAAAACAACAAAGACAAUGUCUAUGACUGUACCAGCAACAAUUUUGAUGGUUUAAUUGCGGUGAUGAGUCCCGAAGACAGCUGGGUUUGCAAAUGGCAACGUAUAAAUCGGUUUACGAAAGGAAUUUAUGCAAUUUCGGUGUCAGGCCGUUUACCCAAAACCAUUGUUAGAGAUAUGAAAAACAGGGGUAUUCCAUAUCGACCACGAGAUACGAGCCAACGAUAAUCAUCCAAAAGUGAAAAUGGCUUUGACAUUUUAAGCAAAUAACCGAUAAAUUCAAUCCACGAAACGGCAGACGUAAAUCGAUUAUGCUUAUAGAAAUGAAAAUGUUAAAAUUAAUUUAAGGCUGAAAUAAAUGUACAUGUAAAGAAUAAGAAUUUCUAAACCAAUUAAAAA